AUGGAUUCGUUUAUGUUUAGCUUCAGCUAUCCUAACGGUGAACCUCAAACUCCAACGAGGACUCCGAACACCUUCGACUCGUUUCACACCCCAAAACUCGAAUCUAGCUUUUUUGACCCCCGGGUGACCUGGGAUACCUCCGAUCCAUAUGCCUCCAGCCCGGAGCUCCUUCGCACGCCGCAAAAGUUCGGUCUAGGCUCGUCGAAUUCACUGAAAGGUCACAAUGGGGAGACGACUGGUUACAGGGGGAGAUCUUCGGACCAAACCGAUACGGCCAGACGCAUUCGCUCGGUGAAGCCUCUUCCGACUAUGGGCGAGGAAUACCCUCGGACAGUGGGGUCGGCCAAAUCAGCAGCCUCAAUGCAAACACCGCCGCCGACAAGUGCAUCAAGACGAAAAAUCCCCGAGUUUGACCAGCCCGAUGGACAUACACAAGGAGCAACGCCGGGCAUGGGAGGUCAUUUGGAAACACCCAGUCGUCUUCUCGGAGCGUCUCCUCGAAUGUUCGGCAACCUCCAGUCGUCGCCCGAUCUUUUUCAGUUGGCUUCAUUGGAUCCCACGGGCUCGCCUUUCUUCCCACAGCAACGACUUUUCUGGGAUCAUGAUCUAGACAAUACAGUGAGCGAGGUUCCCUUACCUAGCAACGAGACCAAUGUCAAUGCUCGUCAGACUUCUGCCUUUACAAACACACAUCAAAUCCCCCAAUUACCAACCAUUAGUGGUUCAAUUCCCGACUUUGGCAACGGCUUUGGAAUUUCAGCACCACCACCCACUGAUGCUGCCCUAUUUCCUGCGCCGUUCUCGACCUCUCCCCGGCUUCCGGUCACCAAGGCUGAGGAUCCGGCUCUGUUUCUCAGCUCCCCUGCUCGGAGAUUCGGAGGGCCUCAAAUGACACCAGAGACACGGUCUCUUCGCGGCCUUCGACAACCCUAUCACCACCAGGCAGAAGAGUCAAGGCGGGAGGAGCUUAUUCGUUCGCAGGCACCAGAUGGCCACCGAUCUGAUCCUUUUACUGCCUUCCCGAGCGAGAGCGACGAGGAGGAUGACGACUACACACCGAGGGGAAUACGACCAGGUCUAACCCGUAGUAUGACCCAUAACGGCCUGCCUAGCUCCUCCCGGCAGCUCAGUCAACCUGGGGGUUUGAUGGCAUCCACCAGUGGAAUCCGCAAGAGCCCAUGUAAAGGGCGUUCGUCUCCAGCGAAGCCCAUGCGUCCAGCCCCCUUGACACGAUCUAGUUCGACGGCCACCGGCUCCUUGACGCGCUCGUCGUCUGUAGUGCUUCGCAUCGGUCGAGAUGGCCGUGCAAAGGCUGAAAUGGAGCCACUCAGUGAGACUCCUACAGGGUUGACUGACCCCCUGACCGGGAUUGAUCUGGAUGGCUCUACAACCGAGAGUGAAUCAGACCCAGCCGAGUUCUCGGAAUAUCCCGUGUUGCAUCGCGCUCAGUCGUCCUUUUCGCUUUAUGACAGCUCAAGGCGUCCACUAUCCCGGAGUGAUUCAGGCUCCCGGCCUCCUUCAAAGGGCUCCUAUGCUUCCACCGUCGGUUCAUCACACUCGGGUCGGAUGUCACCCUGGGCUGGCUCUUCUAGGGGAGGCGGGCGAGCAACGUAUCGUGGAUCUCCUGAUAUUAAGCGGACACCCAAACGGCAUUCCUCUCUGCUGCACUCGGACUCGACAUAUACUCGGAGUAGCGUAGCAUCAGACUUGUUGCCCGGCGAGGAGGACGAAAGUGGUGAUGCUCAAUCUGCGCUCCGACAGGUUCUUAAAGAACGUGGCCGGGGACCAAGACCCGCCGCGAACGCGUUUGGCAACCGACUUUCUCGAUCAUCACAUACCUUCACUCAUCUCCGCUCAUCACCACCCCGCCUUGGCAGUGAUUUUGACAUACAUCCCCGCCACAAUGCUUCUCCCACGACCUUGACCGACCCUGACCUGGCAACCCCCAGCACAGACCGUCACAGCAACCCCAGUAACGGUACACGAUGUGUCUGUCGCUCGAUGGAUAACGGUGGUCAUCUCAUGAUUCAAUGUGAGUCGUGUACACAUUGGCUGCAUACCAGAUGUGUUGGAUUGGAGCGUGCAAACCUGCCCUCUGUCUAUGUCUGUGUGUUUUGUGCCCAAACACCAUCCCGCCAAAACCGUGCCCGGACAACUUAUGUCCCCAUGGAGCAAGCCCCUCCCUCUCCCUUGGCCCACAAGUCAUUCCGCCUCCGGUAA